AUGGCCGUUGCAGUUGUUGGUGGAGCUUUGCUCUCUGGAUUCAUUAACAUUGUCAUUAACAAGUCCCUUAGAGAGGAUGUGGUCAACCGGCUCUUGGGCAAGAAACUUGGCCCUGGCUUGGUUGAGAGGCUGAAAAUUUCUCUGCUUGCUGCUGAAGCUGUGCUUGAUGAUGCUGAGUACAGGCAACUGGGCGACGAUCGUGUGAGGGAGUGGCUCAACAGUCUCAAGGAUGCUGUCUACAUUGCUGAUGACUUGCUGGAUGAUGUCCUCACCAAAGCCGCUACUCAAAAGGAGGUAUGUUCUUUCUGCCCCAGUUUCUUCCUCAACCGGGAUAGGAAGAUGGUAGAUAAGAUGGAAGGGGUGGUUUCAAGAAUAGAAUUUCUUGUAAGGCAAAAAGAUAUCCUUGGUCUUCAAAAUACUACCAAGGAUAAUAACUUGUCAUCACCAUCAUCGUCAUCAUGGCGAGAAAGCACAAGUCUGAUGAUGGAAGGGAGCAUAUAUGGCAGGGAGGAUGUUCAACAAGAUUUAAUCAAAAUAAUAAAUGACAAUAGUGAAUCUCAGUUAUCUGUGAUUCCUAUUGUUGGUUUGGGUGGGGUUGGUAAAACAACCUUAGCCAAAUGGGCGUACAGGGCCGUGAAAGGAUUUGAUGAUGAUAAUAAAGUAUGGGUCUGCAUCUCUGAAACAUUUGAUGUUGCUGACAUUACAAAGAGAACCAUUGAGGCGAUUAAUAAAGAUUCUUAUACCCUUGGGAGUUUAAAUUUGCUUCAAAAUAAACUGCAGCAAAUCUUGUCGGGAAAGAAGUUCUUUAUUGUUCUAGACGAUGUUUGGAGCAAAGAUGCCCAUAAGUGGAAGGAAUUUAUAACUCCUUUUCAAUGUGCGGCUAAGGGUAGUACAAUUCUUCUAACAACUCGCAAUCAAAAGGUUGCUUCAGUAGUUCAAACAUGUCCCUCUUUCAUUCUUAAUGAGUUGUCCGACAAGUCUUGUUGGUUAUUGUUUGCAGCCAAUGCAUGUUUUCCGCAGUCAAACGGUAAUCCAAUAUUAGAGGAAAUCGGUAGAAAGAUCAUCAAGAAGUGUAACGGGUUGCCAUUAGCUGUUGAAACACUUGGCCGCAUGUUGCGAGGAAAGGAUGAUGCUGAAGAAUGGAAAGCUGUUUUAAGGAGUGAUAUCUGGGAAUUUUCUACGGAAGAUAGUAAAAUUAUUCCAGCAUUGUUAAUAAGCUACUUCCAGCUACCUCCUUACUUGAAGCGUUGUUUCGUUUAUUGUUCAUUGUUUCCCAAAGAUCAUGAGUUUGAGAAAAAUGAACUAGUUUUGCUGUGGUUGGCUGAAGAUCUUUUACGGGUACCAAAGAGAGGAGAGAGUUUAGAAGAGGUUGGUUCUGAGUGUUUUGAAGAAUUAGCUUCGAGGUUAUUCUUUAAAAAGCUUCAAGACAAGUCUUAUGAACAUUUUACAACAACGUAUUUAUUUAGACUACCUCGGUGUCCUGCUGACAGGUACGUGAUGCAUGAUCUCUUGCAUGACUUGGCAAUAUUCCUUGCUGGAGACUUCUAUUGUACAAUACAAGAGCUUCGUGAACAAGAAAAGAAGAAGGUUCUCACUCGUCAUUUGUCAAAUUUGCCAUAUGGAAGGUUAGAUCAUCCAAUCUCAAAAGUCUUUAAGUCCGUUGUGAAAGCAGAAUCUUUGAGGACAUCGUUGUAUAUCAAUGAUUUGUUAAGCAUGGAAAGCAGAGCAUCAAAGUUGAAAUACUUGAGAGUUUUAUCCUUUUAUGGACUUGGUGCAUUACCAGGUUCAAUAGGUAAAUUGAUUCAUCUACGCUAUUUGAAUCUCUCUUGGACCAAUGUUAAGACAUUACCAGAGUCACUAUGCAACUUGUAUAAUCUACAAACAUUAAUAUUGUAUCAAUGUUCUAAACUGACCAUGUUGCCCGAUGGCAUGCUUAAACUUAUGAAAUUACGGCAUCUUGUCCUUAGCGGAACUUCUUUGAAAGAAAUGCCUAGAGGAAUAAGUAAAUGGAAACACAUGCAUAUUUUAGAUUACUUUGUGGUGGGCAAGCACAAAGACAAUGGAAUCCAGGAAUUAGGAGGGCUCUCAAAUCUUGAAGGAUCAUUGGAGAUUAAGAAGUUGGAGAAUGUUGUUGAUGUGAGACAAGCAAGGAGUGCAAGGAUGUUGGAGAAGAACCACAUUGACAAGUUAUGGUUGGAAUGGUGUUCAGAUGAUGAAAUGGUUUCAAACAGAGAGACUGAGAGAGAUAUACUCGACAGCUUGCAACCGCACACUGGCUUGAAAGAGUUGAGAAUGGAGGGAUACAAGGGCGAAAGAUUUCCAGAUUGGGUGGGACACUGUUCUUACAACAAUAUGACAACUGUAUGGCUAGAGUAUUGCAAGAAUUGCUGCAUGCUGCCUUCACUUGGACAACUGCAAUGUCUAAAGUCCCUGUGCAUUUCCGGUUUUCUUGAGCUCAAGCGUAUUGGUGAUGAGUUUUACAAGAGUGACAGCGAUCAUCAUUCCUCGCCUAUUGCACCGUUUCCUUCACUCGAGGAAUUGGUGUUUCAUAACAUGCCAUGCUGGGAGGAGUGGCACGUACCUCACCCAGAAGCUUUUCCUCGGCUUAGGAAACUUCGAAUAGAAGAUUGUCCGAUGUUAAAGGGCAUAUUGUGGAGAAGGGAUUGUUGUUUGCGGGAAGAUGAAGAAGGAAGAACUACUUAUUAUUGA